CCUGGAUGCGGCUGUGGCUGAAACAAGCAAGUGUAUAUGUGGUAGCGACGGUGUCAACUGUAAAUCGUGUUGAGCGGAGGAAACCGAUGGGAGCAUGCGAUCGGUUUUAAUUGCUUUCGCAGUUCUUCAACGAGCGAGACCAACGUGAUUUUCCAUGCCAGAGCACCCAAAGACAAUCGAAAAGUGAAGGUUUUUCUAUACCGUUCCCUUUAAUUGUCACAAAGUCACGCGAUUGUGAGAAGCGGCGCGUGUGUUUAUGGUUAAAGAAAGCUCUUUUCCGUAAGCAAUUCGAAAUAUUUUCUGGUGCUCAAUCAAGGCAAAGUGCAACAGAUUCUCAUGACGGAUUGGCAGAGUCUCGACCAAUCGUCGUUGAACGUACGGGUUGAUCCUUCAACAGCGUCAUCCCCAUCCACCGACCUUCUUGCGUCCAAAAAUGAUGGCUUGGCGACAAAAGCUUCGUCAUCUUCUAAAAUGGACGCCGGUAAGCCUCCUACUGCUGUUGCUGCUGGUGGUAGUGGAGCGGCCAACGAAACAGUGGGCUGUGAGUUUUCGAUGGAACGCAAUCCCCCUUGGAAUGGCGGCCAACCCGCUGUAGAAGACUCCAACGGCAAAAUCAUUGACGCUCUCCAGGAAGAUGUGGGUGACUCCACCUUUUCUCCAAGCCCACAACUAUCCAAAGGCAAUCGCGGACAGCACGUUUUAUACAUUUCUACGUUUGCCGUAUUUGGCACCGUUAUUCGUGUCUUUACGGGUCGUCUGUUUGGAGGGGAUUGUGGAAACACAGCCAGCACGUCCACGUCGGUCGUAGCCGACUUUGUCGAACCGUGGGCGUCUCUUGUGUGCGUCACGGCCAAUGGCAAGACAGACCAGACCGGAGGGGCUUUGUUUACCGAUUUGCCAGCCAACAUGCUCGGUUCGUUCCUGAUUGGUGUGCUGUCUUUGAUGGGAACUCAUCGCAAUAGGACGAAUCAUCCGUUACCAUGGUUUCGCGCCGAUCAUCCCUUACAGCGGCAUACCGCCUUUCACGUGGCCCUAGUGACCGGAUUGUGUGGAUGUUUGACAACCUUUGCUUCGUGGAAUACACAAAUGGUUGUCAUGCUGGACGGUACCGAUACGGUUUUAGGGUCACAGCCGGUACCGGCUUUGUUUGGGUACCUAAUUGGUAUCUCCACCGCCGCGACUAGUUUUCUUUCCGGGCGUCACUGCAAUAUGUUGCUACGCUCCCGGCAUCGGGAGUCUUUGAGUUCUACUCGCAACGACAUUCCCGCGGUGGAUACCGAGCUGGGACAACCGGUGCUUGAACGUCCGCCACCGCCGUCAUCCAGAGCUCCAGUUCAGCCAUGUUGGCUCACUCGUCUACUAGGCAUACGCGUGGCCCCGUUCUUGGUCGUGACGGUGUUGAUUGGUGCCUUCGUCGUUGGUGAUGUUGUUUAUCAGGUUCCCUUUUACCGCAAAAUGUGGAUCUCGAUCGCGUUGACACCGUUGGGAGCGUUACUGCGGUGGCGCCUUUCUCGUUGGAACUCCAAGAUUGUCUGGAAUCGACUCGCCUGGGUGCCAUGGGGAACGCUCGUCGCGAAUCUACUCGCCGCUGUGCUCUCUGCGGCGGCCGAAGCGAUCGGCGAACGUUACUACAAGAACGACGCGUGGACGUUCACCAUUUGGAAAGGCGUCGGGGCGGGCUUUGCUGGGAGUCUUUCCACUGUCUCUACGAUGGUCAAGGAAAUGUUCGCCAUGGAUUCACCGGCGCGUGCGUAUUUCUACGCUACGGUCACAGUAAUAGCAGCCGCUCUACUGAGUCUCGCCGUUUACAGCCCCAUCAUUCGGUCGUAG